AUGAAGUUCGCUGUCCGAUGGGUCAUUUUCUUUGAGAGUUUUAUUUUAUAUAGCCAUCUAACAGAAGCUGUAACGAAAUACGCCUGCGUGAGCUACAGUGCUGGGUUAGGUGGAGGAGUGAACGCCGGUUAUGGCGGUAUCGGUGUUGGAGGCUUGGAUUUUGACACCAUAAACAGUGCAGAAAUAUCUGCUUCCUCGGAGGAAAUAGGUAUGGGCUUGGGUGGAUAUGGAACAGUCCAGCAUGGAUUAGCUCCAGGCGUACCUGCUCCAGGUGUUCCUGUUCAAAAUUUGUCCCCCGGCAUCUCUCCGCUUGCAGCAUCGUCUGCGGCAGGAGGUCUCUCAGCACAAAACACGGCCGGGGGAACAGCUUCCGAUCUACCAAACACUGCAGCUAGUCUUGGAGGAGCUUCCCAUAUCACAGGACAAGGUUCUAAUGUCGCCGGUACCCCAGAACAAAUGCCAUUUCAAAAACUAGCACCUGGACAUCCAGGCAUUUUCUUGACCGGAAGUCUUUCAUGUGUAGACCGUCCAGGGACAACCAUUUUGAUUACAAAACUGGUGUAUGGCAAUGGUGGGAUUUACACCUGUUCUGCCCCUGAUCAAGACUGUGACGUCAUAGACUAUAAGGACUCUGAAAUCACUCCAUUCUGUGAUGGCCAGAUUAAGUGUGUUGUUAGGACCACAGGAAAAUUACUACCCACGUGUCAAACGACCAGCAAUUUUGUUCACGUGGAGUACGAAUGUAUUACUGCGUGGUCCUCCUUUGAUAUUUGCAAUGAUAUAAAGACUGUUGUUCAGCAACCGGAAGUAUUCAUCAUGUCACCAAGCUUUUUCCAGUCUGAAUCCCCUCCAUCCAAAUUGUGUGAAUGCAUUUUGAAAGGUCGUUAUGACAACCGCAUAAUGGCGCAGUAUGUUCAUACAGAUAUACACGAGGGAAACAACCACUCGUGCCCGGAGAGUUUUGUCCUCUUUGAGAAUAAACUAAGCCCCAAUCAGACGGAAUCGGAGAAAAAAAUCGAAGUUUGCGGGAGAAGAUCCCUCAACAACUACAUGUACAAAGGAGAUCUAAGAAUCACUUUUAAGGAUGUUGAUUCUGGAAAAAGAAGUGGAUUUGUUUCAAAGUUACUUGUACCGCCUGUUGGGAUCGGGGUUCAAAAUGAGAUAGCAAUGGAGUGUGGCCCUGUCCGAAUGCCUGGUGAUCCAACCCCUUCACCUAAUAGUAUAAAUAGGAAUUUUGGAAGAUUGCCUGGUCCAUUUGGCCCAUUUGCUCCAAUGGGGGCUUUGAAUUCCCAGUUUCAGCAGUCACCAAGAAUUCCAGCCCCUCCUGUCUUUGAGGGUAUGCAGCAAACAAUGCAGCCAAAUAACUGGGGUAUGCCACUACCGGGAAUGAAUCCUGGGCCAAAGAAUUGGAUGGGACCUACAAAUUGGGUAGUUCCCUCGUUUCCUCGAUUUUCUGCUGGCCCGCAGAACUUGCAGUUUUCCUCCAGCACAAGCAGUCCUCCACCAGCUUGGUCAAGAAAUCAGAAUCAACCCUCUCAUCAUGGGAGAAGGAAUGGACACCAGGUUCAUUUCAUGGGAGGAAACAGGAGAACAACGGCGGCUCCCAAAAAUUUGAGCCCUUAUGGAAUAGCAAUUAAUAACAACAGGAGAAAUCCACCAACAAGGUCAAGGUUAAGGAGCAAAGAUGCUAUUACAAAAAAUGACGAAGCAGAUAACAUGGUAGUCUACAUCAUAGGAGGAGUUGGUGCUAUAAUGGCCGCCUUGUGUACUCUCUUCAUCUCUAUUUACUGUACAAGAAGAAGACAGAGAAUUUUAGAAAGACGAGCCUCUCAAAGGUCAGAAUUGGCCAUAGUUAACACACCCAACUGUAAGGAGGCAUCAGAAACUUACAACGUAACGGCUCCUGACGAUGAAUCGCAUACGUCACAGUGCAUCAAUAAUGAUCUCGUGAAUAAAGCAUUUGACGAAACCGAGAUAACGUCUUGUGGAGAGAACGGCAUCUUAGCAAAGUCUUUUGAAGUGGACCGUCUUGAAGAAGAUGAUAACUAUCAGUCGCUGGAAGAAGUAGAAGAGGGUAGACUGACAGAGGAUGAUGUUCCGUCGUUAGAGGUGAAGAUUGACCCUAUUGACCCUGCGCACUGUGAAGGUCAGGAUAAGGAGGAAUCAGAUGAUCAGUCCAAGGAUGAUGUUUAUGAUAACAAUGUAUAGAUUACAC